UAUGAAUAGAAUAAUUCGUGGCAAAAGGCCAAGAUUGCAACAUUACAUUGAUGUUAUUGCUUCGUACGACGAUCAGGAAUUUAAAUCUAAUUUUCGUCUACAUAGAGAUACCUGCGAUUACAUUUUGGACCUCAUUCGAGCAGAUUUGGAGAAGUGGCCACAAUAUUUUGGGAAAUACCCUAUAUAUCAGCCAAUAGACAAUUGUACAUCGCAUUAUGGAUGCUGGCAACUCCAGACUCGUAUAGAUCAGUGUACACAAAGUUUGAUAUCGGAAAAGCUACUGCUUGGCGAUGUGUACUGAAAGUCGUGAAGGCUUUGUACAAAUUGCGAAACGUUUUUAUAUCUUGGCCAACAAGGGAACAAGCCGAAGCGACAUGGACAAAAAUCGAAUUACAACACCAAUUUCCAGGAGUAAUAGGUAUAGUAGAUGGCACACUCGUGAAAAUACCUAAGUCCAAAAUUCAUCCUGAAGCAUAUAUAUGCAGGAAAAAUUAUCAUGCAAUCCAAUUACAGGUUGUAUGCAAUGCAGAUAUGCGCUUCAUUCACUGUUACGCGGGGCAACCAGGAUCAGUUCAUGAAACUCAAGGUAUACUUGUUUCUUGGUGGAUGUACUUGGUUCUUCACUUGUCUGGGACAAUCUCGCUGCCAUUUUCUUCAUAA